AUGGUGGCGGCGCCCAGCAAGUGCCGGCCGUCGGCGGCAGCGCUGGUGGUGGCACCGCCGGCGGCCGCGCGGCGGCGGCUGCGGUGCCGGUGCUGCGAGGACACGCUGGGCGUCCCGCGCCGGCGGCUGCAGCAGCAGGCCGCCGCCCCAGCUCCGCACCUCGCCCCCGCCGCGCCGGCGCCGGCGCCCAGGCCCCGGCGGAUCGUGCUGGUGCGGCACGGCGAGAGCGAGGGAAACGUGGACGAGGCCGCGUACACCCGCGUCCCGGACCCCAGGAUCGGACUCACCGCCCAGGGCUGGCGCGACGCCGACGACUGCGGCCGCCGCCUGCGCGACCUCUUCUCGCAGGACGGCGACGACUGGAAGGUCUACUUCUACGUCUCUCCCUACCGCCGCUCCCUGGAGACGCUGCGCGGCAUCGGACACGCCUUCGAGCCCCACCGCAUCGUCGGCGUUCGCGAGGAGCCCCGCCUCCGCGAGCAGGACUUCGGUACGUCCUCUGUUUCGCCUGCACUGCACGACGGGCGGCGGAUAACGCUUGCCUUAUCCACCUUGGUCCACCCGUCAGCCUCCCAGAAUUCCUACACGAUGGGCCUUCACAUACACAUCCUAACUGACGAAUGCUCCUGGGCUGGGGAUCCGGCCCAACGCUUGCCAUGGGCCGCAAUGGCAGGCAACUUCCAGGACCGGGAGCAGAUGCGGUUGGAGAAGGAGAUCCGGCUCCGCUACGGCCGCUUCUUCUACCGCUUCCCCAACGGCGAGUCGGCGGCGGACGUGUACGACCGCAUCACCGGCUUCCGGGAGACCCUGCUCGCCGACAUCGACAUCGGCCGCUUCCACCCCCCGGGCACCACCACCACCGGCGACAUGAACAUCGUCCUCGUCUCCCACGGCCUCACGCUCCGCGUCUUCCUCAUGCGCUGGUACAAGUGGACCGUCCGCCAGUUCGAGGGCCUCGAGAACCUCGCCAACUGCGGCGCGCUCGUCAUGCAGACCGGAGAAGGCGGAAGGUACAGCCUCCUCGUGCACCACACCGCCGACGAGCUCAGGGCGUUCGGCCUCACCGAGGAGAUGCUGCAGGACCAGAUGUGGCAGAAGACGGCCAGGCCCGGUGAGCUCAACCACGGCUUCAUGACCAAUGGACAGUCAUUCUUCCAUCCCUUUACUACAAUCUACUAG